GGUAGUGUGAGAACUACAAACUACUUUUAUACUCUCUUGAAGUCUGUUAACUAGAGGCUUCUCACCCAUGCUCCUACCCACCUGAGUGCGGCUUGAUUUUUAGCUCCUAGCGUGCUACUCCACAUGCAUUUGGUUACAAAAUCCUGUCCGAUGGCAAAAAUUAUCAUGAUAAUGUGUAAGAUGAUCAUUGCCGGCAUUUCAUCAAGCAUGUGGUGAGCAUGCAAGGAGCAGGCGGCGGCAGGGAUGGAACGGACUUCAGAUAGCUAGCUGCAGAGUCAUUCCAACGGAGGAGAGGAGGGGAACCAUUGCUUCAGCCGGGGCACCUCAAGGCCAUUAUGAUGGUUCACCAUCAGAGCCGUAGCAUCGUAUGCACAAAGGAGCAGGCUUCCGUUCAUGCGCCUAGGGAGCAGCAGGGCAAGCCUGACAGCUGCCUAGGCCGCCUCGCCAUCCAAAAGCAAAUCGCGCCGGCGGCCACCGCUCACCGUGCUGACCCCAGAGCCGAGUGCUGUCUCCACCGAGGUGAGAUCGCAGUCGAGUGAGCCGCCGCCCCGGCCGCCCUCCUACGUGCGGCCCAUGGUGGCUACUGUUGCCGCCGGGUAUCGCAGGAAGGAGGUACUCGAUGCGGAUGGUGAUGGGAGGCGCCGCCUGGUCCACCUCCAGCACCCAUGGAUCUGCGGCGAGAGAGGUGAGCGCUGCACCCGCUCUCCCUCGAGAAUGGCACCGCGUUCACCGGAGCUGCCGUCUCUCUGCCCAUGAAGGUUGGUGAAGCCGGCCGCGACCGCAGUCAACACCGAGGCGAUAUGGAUGGGAAGGAGAGGAGGACAAAGAGAGGGAGGACCAGCCCGCUCGCAGACGUCACUUCUGCUGCCUCCCGCUGGCGCACGGUCGGCCUGCCCCCACGCGGCCACGCCGCUGCUGCCUGCCGCGGCCGGCCUGACCCCACGUGGCGACGCCGCCUGCUCCCUGCCGCGGGCUCGCGGCCGGCCUGCCCCCACGCGGCCAUGCCGCCUGAUGCCUGGCGCGGCCUGCCCCGACGCCGCCUGAUGCUUGCUUCUUGAAGAUGCAGAGAUAGAUGGUUGAGGAGGUUGAAAUACAAAGCUGGGUGGAAUUGGUGGAGAACAAUGUUGGAAGCAGUGAGCUUGAUGCUGAUGAGUUUAAUUUUGGAGUAUUGCCUAACGAACAAACAUGUACAGAUGCAACUACAGAUGCUUCUCCCCCAUUGAAGAUAGGAAACAAGAACAAGAAGAGAACCAGAAAUUUCAGCAAGCAGAAGGAUAUUUUGUUGGCAUCGGCAUGGUUAGAAGUAAGCAUGGAUCCCGUUCAAGGUGUUGAUCAAACUCGCAGUACUUAUUGGCAGCGAAUUAAUGAGUUCUGCAACAUGCACAAGACCUUUGAAUCUGAUCGUAAUAUUUGUUCUCUCACACACCGUUGGGGUAUCAUUCAAGGAAGUGUUAGCAGAUUUUGUUCAUGGUAUAGUCAAGUACUCCGUUCAAAUCAAAGCGGUGUCACAGAGCAAGACAGGAUUCAACAAGCAUGUGUGUUACACAAGGAUGCAAACUCAGAUAAGAGGUCAUUUGGUUUAAUGCAUUAUUGUAACCUUCUGCUGCAGCAUGCCCAGAAGUGGAAGGACCUUCCUUGUAACAGCAACAACAAAAAACAGAAAACAUCUAAUACAACAAAUCCAAGGUCAGCUACUCUUGGAACACAUGAAAAUCGCCAUGUUGAUGAAGAGGAGGGUCCAAGUCAUACUUCACCAAGGAAAGGUAGGCCAGAUGAUCAGAAGAAGGAGAAAGAAAGGUGAGGUAAAAAUCCUAUAGCUCAUGGUGAAACUCUUUACCUGGAAGCAGUAGAACAUAGUUGGUCUAAGAGACAAAAGGCUGAUGAGUUAAAAGAGCUUAGGAAAAAAGAGCGCACUGAUGAGAGACUUGCUGUAGAAACUAGAAGAAUUUAAAUAAAGCAAGAAGUGGAGACUAGGAGACUUGAUAUCAAGGAACAAGUAGAGAAUAAACGCAUUGAUCUCCAACAACAAGAAAUGUUGUUGAAACAAAGGAUGGAUGAUGAGAAAAUAAUGAACAUGGAUCUAAGUAAAAUGAGUGAGCUGCAACAAAUAUUCUAUAGUGGGCUGCAAAAAGAGAUCAUUGCUCGACGUUUGGGUAGCGGCAAUAUUUGAGACUAUGGGUUUUUGUCUGUUAUGUAUGAAUAAUUUCUGUUAAUUUGUGGUAUGUAUGUGGAAUAUUUAUAUUAAUUUGUAGU